AUGAGGUCAUUGGUAUUUGUUGAUGUCGUGCCUUUGAUAUGGGACGGUUUAUAUCCAAGAGACCAAACGGAACCAGACAUAGAAUAUCGUAAAGAACGAUUUGUCAUGUGGUCCGCUUGGUUCAUUAAAGACGGAGUCGAGUAUUAUUUCGAAUUCGUUUGGUUAUUAUCCUUGAUCAAAAGUAUGCCAAUGUUUAAAAAACCUUUUGAGGCAUUCUUGAAUGGAACCGAUCCUUAUUCGCUUGGAUAUACCAUUGAACGAAUACGAACAAGAAACUCUAAAAAGAAGCCAAUGGCUUCUAAAUACCCAAAACGAAACUGUGAACAUCCAGGUCGAAGGUGGAAGCGAUAA